GAGAAUAUUUUGACAAACAAGACAAAAAUUCAACCUUAAAACCUGAAGGAGGCGUUGAAAUAAAUAACGAAGAACAUCUAAACAUUAAUUCUUCAUCAGAAGCUGCGGUGAAACCACACGAAAAUGAUUUGGAAGGACACAAUAAAACCACCAAUACUUCAAGUUAUGAAUCCACCACAGUAAAGACCAAUAAUACUCAGGUAGAUGUAGUCAAGCCUCAGGACACCAAUUCUACUGAAUUCUCUCCACAUGGAAAGAAUGGUCAUACCAAUUAAUGGAUCAAAUUAUCCCACCGACAUUGCCCAUGCCUCAACAAAGCAGUGACAAUGAUAAAAGUGACCAUGAAAACACUAUUCCAAUAUGAUGAUCAGUCAGUAACCACAGUAAAGUCCCACACCAUCUUACACGAUCCAUCAAAGAAAUUAACAGAUGUGGAAGAGAAUACAGUGGUUUAUGAAAGCUCAAAUAAAAAUAAAAACACUAUUAUUGAAGGUAUUGAAAAAGUGACUGAAGAAGAAACAUCAGCAGAUUCCAAUCUUCGGCAAAAAAAGAAACAGUGCCAUUUCCACCAAGGUGACAUGCAAUGCUGUGAAGAUGGUUGGGAAACAGGCGGGUCUUGUCAUAACAGAAGGUGACCUAGAAGAAAUGUCCGACCGACUCUG